ACAUUACAAAUUCACCAACAUAUACAUUACACACAUAUCUAAACAAUAUAAAAUCAAAAACCCAUCUCGAAAAAUCAUUCCUUUGAAGAUCUUGAUCGACAAAACCGGGUCUUGGUUUGUCAUUGAUUUCAACAAAAAAAAAAAGAAAAUUUUUUUUAUUAAAUAAUAAAAAGAAAAAAGUCAAGAAAUGCAGAAAAAGAGAUGGAGGAAGUUAGGAUUCAUGAGAAGAGUGUUAACAUGUGGAAUAGCAUUAAUUUCAUUGGUGGCUUUAUUUUCUGCUCAUUUGCAUCUUUUUUUCCCUCCUUCUCAACUUUCUAUGCUUCCUGAUCCUUAUAAGCUUCCAAAGCAACAUGAAAUUCAAUAUCAGAAGCUGAGCAAAGAGCGAAGCUGGACUCGACCUAAUUUGUCAAAAGCUCCUCUUCCUGCUCUCAAGUUGUCGGGUGCCAACGGCUCAUUGGAUUUCAACAAGUUGUGGAAGCAUCCACCAAAUCGUGACUUUGCCCCUUGUGUUGAACCCAGUUCUUCGUAUAUAGUUCCGGAAGAAACCCGAGGUUACUUACUUGUUCAUACAAAUGGUGGGCUCAAUCAAAUGCGUGCUGGGAUAUGUGAUAUGGUAGCUGUUGCGCGGAUUAUAAAUGCUACUCUUGUAGUUCCAGAGCUUGAUAAACGUUCAUUUUGGCAAGAUACCAGCAAUUUCUCUGAUGUGUUCGAUGAAGAUUAUUUCAUUUCUUCAUUGGCUAAUGACGUAAAAAUAGUUAAAAAACUUCCAAUAGAAUUACUGACUGCCACAAGAGCGGUUAAGUAUUUUAGAAGCUGGUCUGGUAUUGAUUACUAUGAGCAAGAGAUAGCCAGCUUGUGGGAGGAUUAUCAGGUUAUUCGGGCUGCAAAAUCUGAUUCCAGGCUAGCAAAUAACAACCUUCCUCCAGAUAUUCAGAAAUUGCGUUGCCGUGCAUGUUAUGAAGCUCUCCGAUUCUCCCCACGUAUAGAAGCAAUGGGAAAAUUAUUGGUGGACCGGAUGAGGUCUUAUGGACCUUACAUCGCGUUGCAUUUAAGAUACGAAAAGGAUAUGCUUGCUUUUAGUGGGUGCACGCACGAUUUAUCCAUUGAAGAAGCUAAUGAACUCACGGCUAUUAGAGAAAAUACAACGUAUUGGAAAGUUAAAGACAUUGAUUCGAUAGAACAAAGAGCAAAGGGGUAUUGUCCAUUGACUCCAAAAGAAGUAGGAAUGUUUCUCAGGGCUCUUGGAUUUCCACCAACAACUCCUAUAUAUAUUGCAGCUGGAGAAAUAUAUGGGGGUGAUUCUCGAAUGGCUGAGCUAACAUAUCGCUUCCCCCUGUUAAUGAGAAAGGAAAAAUUGGCAACAGUUGAGGAGCUGGAUCCAUUCAUCAACCAUGCGUCUCAAAUGGCUGCUUUAGAUUACAUUGUAUCAGUGGAAAGUGACAUUUUCAUUCCCUCUUAUUCUGGAAACAUGGCAAGGGCUGUUGAAGGUCAUCGUCGGUUCUUGGGACAUAGGAAAACUAUUUCUCCUGACAGGAAACUCCUUGUUCGUUUUUUUGACAAGAUUGCUAAUGGUACAAUGAAAGAAGGGAAGAAUCUUUCAAGACGGAUAAUUGAGAUCCACAAAAGACGGCAAGGCUCACCCCGGAGGAGAAAAGGCCCCAUCACAGGAACAAAAGGAACGGAUAGGUUCCGUUCAGAGGAAGCAUUCUACGUAAAUCCAUUGCCCGAUUGCCUAUGUCAAAAGGAAUCACCAUAUAAUGAAAAUAGCUCCUCCCUUGUCAUCAAAUAGACUUAACCAUCUUCUUUGAUAUCCAUUUUGAAGCUUGUGGAAGAUGAUGAAAGGCACCUGUCCUUUGGAGUAUUGAGGGGCUUUGUAUAUCCUUGGGAUAGUAGAUACAAAUUAGGUAAAAGAUGGUGAAGGUAAUGAGAGAAGAUGAGAUUUUUGAGAAGUUUUAGAAGCAUCCCUGUAUUCACUCCAUUCAUGGAGCUUGUUAUUGAAAUUAAUAAUAUAGAGAAGUAGAAAGUUCAGUUAGGUAUUACAUCAUUGUAUCCUAUAUAUUCUAUUAAAACAUAUAGGUAUCUGUCUGAAACAUAGUAUUGAUGAUUACCAACCGAAGUGGUAUGGUUGGAACUUGGAAGCUAAUAUACACGAUUUUCUUUAAAAA